UAUUAUGAAAAAGCAUUUUUCAUUUUCCAACAAAAUAAAUAUAAUUUCAAGAAAUACAAAUUCCAUUGAAAUAACCUCAUAAUAACACGGAAAUAACAUGAAUGACAAGGAAACAAAGCGGAAGCUCAUCGAUAAGUAUGAGAUCCCAAUAAAUCAUCUGGAUUUCGCUUAUAUACGCGAGUGUGAGAAUGCACGUGAAAUGGAGAAAAUCGUACAAAUUUUACGUUCCGGCGAGGAAGGUUAUUUUCCCGAUCUUACAACCUGUGCGGAAAAUAAAUUACGCGAACUCAAGCCGAACAGUCGACUCUUUCGUUACGAGGAAAAAUUGCAGGGACGUGAGGCGCUCUCCAAGCAAGAGUGGAAACCGAUAUUCGAUUGGACGAAUAAUAUAAAGGUGAAGGAUGUCGAAUUGUCAGCCGCCGCCGAGAAGAUGGCUAAAUUAGAUCUAGGCGUGCCACCUGUACGUAAAAGCGGCGCCAUUAAACAGUGUGAUGAAAGUAACGAGCUCAAAGUUAAACAAAAUGGUAGUGUGGCCGCGACGACAUCGAAAAUUUCGACUGAGCGCAUCAAGUCCACCGAUUACGGAAAAUGGGAUAAAUAUGAUGCAGAUGAGGAGUGUUUACGCAUGGAAUUGGCUGAGGAGCGUGUGCAGGAAGAGGUGGAACGCAAAAAUCGCCUUAACAAACAAAAAUCGAAAUUACAAGCCGAACAUGACAACAACUCAGUUACUGCAGCUAAGACGGUAAAAGAGCAAGAUGUUCUGAGCAAAUUCACCGAUGUGGAACGCGAGCGUCUCGCCGAAGAAUAUCGUCUGCGUGGUAACGAUUAUUUUCGUGCCAAGGAAUAUGAAAACGCGAUUAAGGAAUAUGGACGGGCGAUAAGUGUUUGUGCUGAGAAGGCGGCGCCAGCAUAUAACAAUCGCGCCGCGGCGAAUAUAAAGCUUAAAUGGUAUACUGAAGCUAUUAAAGACUGCGAGCAAUGCCUGCAACUGGAGCCGAACAACUUGAAAGCCCGCUUACGCCUAGCAGAUGCUACAUAUGCUAACGGGGAAAGACAAGAGUCUUAUGCCUUAUAUAUGCAAGUUUUGGAGUUGGAACCGGAAAAUGUCAACGCCUUAAAGGCCACAGCACAACUUAAGAGUCUAUAUGGUGACUUUCCACCAGCCAAUGCAACACGUUUACAUAUUGAAGAGGAGAAGAGUGCAAAAACUGAAAAGAAGAGAGAAAAGAAAAUCGCUAAGAAAGAAACUAAAACCAAAACGGUUGACAAACAAACUAUUGACAACACUAAACCUGUCGAGACGGCAUCCUCCAACACAAGUGUUGCAUCAGACCCACCCAAAACGAAACCAGCCGACUAUGAUUUAGCUGAUUUGAUUAAACCAAAUCGCCUAGUCAAAAACAAAUUGGCAAGCGCAGCUGCUGCUCUUAGUAAUAUGAAGACAAUGAAACAACCAAAGCAGCAGCCCACGAAAACAACAGAAACUACUGUUCCGACAACAUACCCGAACGAGCUACGUUUACCAAAUGAUACCCCAAAAGCGGGCGGAAAAAUUUUGAUCCAAGAGAUUUAAAAGCGCAACAAAUCAGUUUAUAAACGCAUUAAACUAAUUUUUGAAAUUGACUAAUAGAGUUAACAAUUAUUUUUACAUAAAAACUCGCUUUACAUACA